AUGGCUCACAGUAGACUAAGUGAUCCAGAAUAUAGAAAUUGGGUUACUGUUGGUCGAGCAAUCCAGAUUACCCGGAACGGCUUAGAAACCAUAAUUCAAGAUGCUGCUGACAACUACCACACAUUAUUGCUUGCAACUUUGCCAAAUAAUGAACCUGCGUGGAAAUCUCACUUGUCGAAAACCCAUCGAUCAACUGACAAAAGAAAAAUAUCCUGGAGCAACACUGACAACACUCAGUGGUUGACCGUUGGUGCCUCAUGGGAGAUUGCAAAGAUUUUCAUGGCUCCCUUGGGACCGAGAAAGCUUGAUGUAGUCAACGCCAAAACUACUGAUAUAUCGGGACUGUUGAAUGUAUUAGAAUGGUCUCCGAGAGGGACAAAUAGUUUGUUCAACACAGGUGUCGAUCUCUCGAAAAUAGCAGCAGCAAGAAGUGCUAGGAAUCUAUGGGCGCAUGCACCGUUGCUGCGUGUAAGUGAUGCUGACAAAGUCAACGCGUUUGCAUCUUUAACCUCGCUUCUUCAAGACCCAGAACUAAACGGUCACAAAGACGUCCAAGACGCCAUAAACAAGCUUACUAGUUUACUCAAUACUGGUCUAGCGGUUAUUGAAAAGAAGGAAUUGGAAUUAUUCGUUCAGUUACAACGUCAACUUGGUCAAGAUAUAGUAAGUUUGGAAAGUGAUAUGAAUUGUUGGAAAGAUGAAGUCGGAGCGAACGUGGAGCAGAUCAAAGAUCAGAUGAAAGGCUUGGAUGAAUUUGUAAAGAAAAACGAACUACAUGACGCCCUGAAAACUGUCGAAAAAAGAAUCAAUCACUUGGAAGAUUCUACGAACAGCCGGCUGGAAAACAUAGAAAAGGCUAUGUCAGAGUCCCAUAAAUUUUCUUGUGACGUGCAGCAGGAGCUAAAGUUCAAUCCAGUCUCGGAUCGAAUGAAGGAAGAAUUUGUUGGUCGUGAGUGGUUGUUCAGUGACAUUCACAACUGGUUAGAAAAAGACCUCGGGCCUCGGGAGUCUCGUGCCUUCCUUAUCUGGGGUGGUGCUGGAACAGGCAAAAGCUCGUUCGCCCAAGAGUUUGUCCAUCGGCACGAGGGAGAAAAAUUGGCUGGAUACCACUACUGUCAAAUAGAUAACCCUCGCACCUGUGAUUUGAAAUCGUUAGUCAAUAGUCUCAGCACAAUGCUCUCGAAGAGUCUUUCCGAAUAUGCUGCCUUGGUUGAGAAACUACAGACUGAUCAAUUUCGAGAUAAUCAUAACGCACUGUUCGAUUUGUUAAUUACUACGCCAUUGCAGCAAUUGAAUGAAAAUACCAGACAUUUUCUUGUCAUUGACGGCUUAGAUGAAGGAGGUGCCAUGAUUGCUUCUUGCUUUGCCAGAUUAUCAGGAACACUUCCUUCGUGGCUUCGCGUCAUUUUGACUGCAAGACACAAUGCUCCCGCUCUAUCGGGCCUUUUUUCAAAUUCUACCUCUGCUAAACUAGACCAAUUUGAGACUAGUCUCGAGUCUCUGUCUAGCAAAGAUGUUCGUCAAUUUGUCUCCAUGAAGUACAGAAAACUUCAAACUGAAUUUAACUGUAUUGCUUCUUUCUUUGCUAAUGACGAGCAAGUAGGCCAAGAGAAAAUAGUUCAGGCUAGUCAGAACUGCUUUCUUUAUGCUAAACUUGUGAUGGAACACAUCUUUGAUGGCCAUGAUGAAAUUGGUUUGCCUGCCUCGUUAUCUGAGAUUUACUGCUUGGACUUCAGGCGUCACUUUCCAAAUAUAGAAUUCUUUGAGAAAAAAGUUGCACCUGUGCUUCAGAUUGUGCUCGCCAUUCAAUCUGCUAAGGCUUUUAUGGAUAAAGAGAUAUAUAUAAUAGGUAUGUUUAGAUUAAGAUUUUCCCUUUCUGGGGAAUAUCAGUCGGUUUAUAAGGCUUAUAAGGAGAGCGAUGAAAGUGUUACAGGGGUUGUGAAGCGUGGUUUGCUACCUGAAAUUAAGAUGCAUGAUCUCAAUAAAGUCCUCGAACUUCUAUCAGGCUACUUAGUAAAGGGUGAUCCUGGUAAAUAUUAUUUCAGCCAUAGUUCUGUAAGAGAUUGGUUGCAAGACGAAGAGUCAGAUUUCUUUUGCGAUGUACUCAACGGGCACUCGAUUAUGGCAAACUAUAACUUGAAAGCUCUUAAAGUUAAGUAUCCUUCACCUGAGAAUUUUGGUGAAGAUUUAUGUUUUCAUUGGAAACAGUCAUAUCCCAUUGCUCUUCUCGACCUCAAAUUCUUUUCUUUGCGUUAUCUCUUUCAUUCUAGUCAGAGCGGGAGUUCAAACGUGAAUGUUCUGAUAUCUGAAUUAGGUAUUAAAGCGAUCGACCUUCUUCAUGCCGCAUUUCACUGUGAUACUAAAUAUGUCCAUUUAUUCCUUUGUUCCAAGUAUAUGGCGAUAAAAGUUCUCGACGAAACAGAUGUCUUGAAUAAAAUGACCAUACAGGAAAAAGCUCAAUAUCUUACGCUGGCUGUUUCGUUGCGUUAUGCAAAAAUUACAGCCAAGUUCUUUGAUAGCCGCACAUACUGGAUUUUUAGUGAAAACGCCAUCAGUGAGUUGAACUGUCGUACCGAACUACUACAGCUUAUCCCGAGGGAAUCACUGCCCCAGUUAUUCUUUUCGUGUCUCGCUAAUCAUGUUGAUGACGAUAAGAUACAUGUAUUUGAAUUUUGUCUAAACAAAGGACUGACGGCAGAUGUAUGUGUUCCUCAAUUCUUUGAGAACACUAAGGGCUUUGACUCGUCCAUCUGCUGGAACGAAGAUGUCCAAGAGUAUUUUAGAAAAUUGAAGUCAGGAGAAAAGAAUGUUAUCACCUUGGAGUCCCUUAAAGAGAAGCCAUUUUAUCCAGAGGCAGCUAAAGUGUCGGAAUUUACGUUGGAGAUAAUUAAGAAACCUCUUUCAGGUAUUGAUUGCAAUUAUUCUUGA